GACAUUCAUAUCCAUAUAUUUCUUAUCCUGAUUUACAAACAUUGCUUUUGUAAUAAUUUUCAUUUGUAAUAGUUCCAAUGGCAUCUUCUUCAUCCACAUCUUCUCCCUCAUUGUCAUGGAAUCAUGAUGUUUUCCUCAGUUUUAGGGGAGGAGACACACGUAAGACAUUUGUGGAUCAUCUCUACACAAGUCUUGAGGAACAUGGAAUCCACACUUACAAGGACGAUGUAACACUUGCCGCGGGUGAUUCAAUUGGUCCGGCCCUCUUGAAGGCUAUUAGAGAAUCGCGGAUCGCUAUCAUCAUAUUCUCGGAAAACUAUGCUACUUCUUCAUGGUGCUUGGACGAGCUUGCGUAUAUUAUGGAAUGCAUGAAAGAGAGAGGACAAAUCGUUUUGCCCAUAUUCUAUCAUGUGGAUCCCUCGGAUAUACGAUAUCAGAAAGGGAAGUACAAAGAAGCCUUUGCCAAACAUGAGAUAAGGAACAAAAACAAAGUUGAAUCUUGGAGAAAAGCACUGUUUGAUGCUGGUAAUCUUUCUGGAUGGGUAUCCGAGCACACUGCAAAUGGGCAUGAGUCAAAGUUCAUAAAAGAAAUUGUUAACAAAAUCUCAGAUAGGUUGUAUUCGUUACUUCCAAGUGCAAACGAAGACUACAUUGGAAUUGUGACUCGUGUGCACAAUUUGAAAAUGAAAUUAGAACUCGGGUCAGGUGGUGUGCUCAUGAUUGGAAUAUGGGGCGUCGGGGGUAGUGGUAAGACUACUCUAGCGUCUUGUCUCUACGAUGACAUCUCUGGUAAGUUUGAUGGAUGUUGCUUUCUAGGAGAUAUUAGGGCUAAAUCAAGUAAGGCCGGCGGUUUGGUAAAAUUGCAAGAGAAAAUUAUCUAUAAAGUUUUGAAACAAAAAAAAGUGGAUAUCGGGAGAGUUGAGGAAGGAAAACGCAUGAUAAAGAGUAACUUAUUUCAUAGAAAGGUCUUGAUUGUUCUUGACGAUGCCGAUGACCAUAAGCAACUAGAGGCGUUAGCUGGAUCACAUGACUGGUUUGGUCAAGGAAGCCGUAUAAUAAUCACCACUAGAGAGGAGAAUUUAUUAAAUUCUCAUGCAGUAGAUAUGAUACACCAUACUAGCUUGCUAAAUGACGAAGAGGCUAUUGAGCUCUUUUGCAAGCGCGCACCUCGAAAUGGUAGAAAUGUGGAAGAUUAUGAGUUGCUUUCAAAAGGCGUGGUGUCUUAUGCUGGUGGACUCCCUCUAGCACUUAUAGUUCUUGGUUCUUUUCUAUGCGACAAGAAUAUAAACGAGUGGAGGAGCGCAUUGGCUAGAUUGAAAGAAGUCCCAAACGCUAGUAUUCUGGAAACGCUAAAAAUAAGUUAUGACGGACUUAAACAGGUAGAAAAAACAUUGUUCCUUGAUAUAGCAUGUUUUUUUAGAGGAAGGUAUAAAAAUGAUGCAAUGGAAAUCUUUGAUGCUUGUGGUCUUCACCCUGUUAUAGGCAUAAAGGUGUUGAUACAAAAGGCUCUCAUAACCAUUUCACAUGGUUGUUUUGAAAUGCACGAUUUGAUACAAGAAAUGGGACACUACAUUGUUAAAGGAGAUCACCUUAACAAUCCUGAGAAUCAUAGUAGAAUUUGGGAGAAGAAACAUGUUCAAAGCAUAUGGGGUAUGGAUACAAAGAAGGAACUUGACAAGAUUGAAGCAUUAUCUGUUAGUUCCUACAUGUAUGAUUCAUUACCAAGUCAAAACAAUCAAGUUGUUGCAAACAUGAAGAAACUACGAUGGAUUGACUGGAAUGUCGGUCGUGGGAGUUCAUUCUCAAGGAAUUUCCCACCACGGGAGCUUCGUUGUCUAAUAAUGAAGGGCAGGCAAAAACAACUUUGGAAGGGUUAUAAAUUUCUACCGAAUUUGAGAAUGAUCAAACUUCAGGCUAUGGAUUACUUAAUCGCUACACCAAAUUUUGGUGGACUUCCAAAUCUUGAAACAUUCAUGCUUCAUACUUCUCGGAGUAUAAAAGAGAUUCAUCCAUCGAUUGAAGGCUUGGAAAGACUUGUUUACUUAAGUGUUGAAUAUUGUAGCAGUUUCAAGAAGUUUCCAUCCCUUAACGUGAUAAAGAAACUCGAGACUCUUAUAGUCUCAAACUGCAGUAAACUUUCUAAUAGCUGGAAAAAAGUCGCUUCCUCUGAACAAUAUCGUACAAACCUUUUUGUUACUUGUUUGCAGUGUUGCUGCGGCAACGCGCAUGAGCGUGAACUAUCAGAUGAUGUAAGAGCGCCUUUUCUAAUUCACAAAGGCGUGAACCAUGUAGGCUUACAAUUUAUUAGCAGAUGCUUAAGAAAGUUGAUUCUCAGACGAUGCAAUUUUGGAGAUGAAGACAUUGACUAUGAUGUCUGGGAUUUACCCAACUUACAAGAACUUGAUCUAUCACUAAACUUAUUCUCACGAUUAAAUUUUAGCGUCUUGAAAGCUCCACGACUCAAAUGGCUUGAUGUGUCAGAGUGCACAAGCCUUGCAGAAUUGUCGGGGCUCCCAUUAAGUUUAUCGUGUCUUAGAGCAGAUGGAUGCGAGUCACUAAAUACUGUUGGAGAUACAACAAACUGUAAAUGGUUAUGGUAUGUCUCAUUUUUUGGGAGGAACAAUGGAGUAAGUGCACUUGGUGGUGACACAGUACUACAUUCUUUGCUCGAGGGAUAUGCUAUUGAAGAUCACUUUAUCAGUUUCAUUCAUUCCGCAUGGGACCAUAUUCCAAAGAGGUUUGUAGACAGGUUGGUUAGGGGGAAGACAUUUACAUUGCAGCUUCCACCUAAUUGGUACAAUGACUAUUCUGGUUUCUUAAUAUGCAAUGUUAACAACUACUACGCUCUAUCUUUUACGAUAAGUAUGAAGCAGGAUUUAGACAAAGAUUCUCGGUCUGAGGUUUGGCAGGAGUCUGAUGAAGCAGUACCCGAGUCUUAUUUUAAUUCAACAUAUGUAGGAUAUGUUUCCUUUAACUCAUUAAUGAGGUAUGGCGCAAGGUUGAAUUCGGCAUACAAUAUGAUUUCAUUUUCCAUAGACGCGGAGUAUGAGACAUCUUGUGAAGGUGAGAGUAGGUUUGUAGCUGAACUUGUUCCUAGGAAAAGUAAAGAUCAUGAUCAUGGGGUGCGAACAACAAAAGUCACUACGGACUGCUCACAAUUUUUUGACGAUGAACGUGUGUAUGGGAAGACAUUUACGAUCCAACGUCAUUCAGAGUCCUCUAUCAAGAUUUUAUGGCGUCCUUGCUACUGGUACUAGUCUCACAAAUCCAUUUUCACAUGUCCCUCACUACUUGUCGACCUGUGAUUUGGUUUGCUUCCCAUAGUACUCCCUCGAACUCAAGUCCAUUGGGCCUCACCUCCGAAAGUAAUCUAUGUGAUCAUAGCUUGCCAUUGUGCCUUUCACAUCUUAGCUAAACAAUACCAUUUGAUAAAACAGAUUGAAUUAGCCCACUUGUCUAACAUAAAAGUACCACAUGUGGUUCCACUCUAAAACCAACUCGCAAGAGGGAAGUAACCCACCCAACUGUUCUAAAAUGGAUCUAUGUCCAUAAGUUCUUGUUUUGAAUGUAUUUUUUCUGGGUAUGAUUUGGAACUUGCGUUGUAAAAAAGUAACCAAUCUAAGGAACUUCUUGCAAUUUGUUUUUAAAA